GCAACCUGCCGGGCGUACGGGCGCACAUGCCGGCAACGAUCACCUCCCCUCUCCCUCCCCCUGUGUGCUUUGCUCCCCAUCCUCCGGCUCGCCCGCGCGCCGCUCCCCGCCACCCUCCCUCUCCCUUGGCCCUCUUUGCCGGCCUCCCGCUUGCGCCGUCCUGGCCAUGGCCUCGGUCGCCAUGUCCGACCCCUCCGCCUCCGCCACCAGCACGGCCCCAGACCGGCAGGUGCCGGUGUCCUUCAAGAAGGCCGUCCUGCGUCAUGCCAAACAGCGCAAGCAAGCGCAGCACGCCUCCCCCGAGGGGGGGACGGCCACCCAGCCAUCGACUCCCGGCGAGCCGGCCACCUUGGCGGCGCCCCUGCCGGCUGUGGCCCCGCCGCCGCCGGCCGGCGAGCGCUUCCCCGGCGGCGCGCCCGCUGUCUUUGACAUCGCCACCCUCUUUCGCCCCGGGCUAGCACCGGGCCCGGGGACAGCCUCGGUGCCGGCCCCGGCCCCGGCCCCGGCCCCGGCCCCGGUCACCGCUCCUGCCGCCGCCGAGCUGCCCUCCGAACAGGCCGUAGCCCUGGCACAUGCGAUGGCCGCCCUGGCCAAGCGCCAUGAGGCGGCGCAGGCGCGCAUCCGGACGCUGGAGCAGGCGCUGGCCGAGGCGCACACCGGGCCGCCGAGCGCCCCCGGCCCCGGCCCCAGCCCGGUGGAGGAGCAGCUCCGCGCCGAGGCGGCCGACGCCAUGCGGCGCCUGGACGAGGAGCGCGCCCGGCGCAUCCGUCUGGAAGAGGAGCUGGCCGGGCGGCAGGAUGAUCUGCGGGACCUGCGGCGCGCGCGGCAGGAGGCCGAAGCGGCCCUGGCCGAGGCCCUGGCCGCUGGCCCUGGCCCCGGGGCCGGGCCCGACCCGGCGGAGGCCGAUCGGCUGGCCGGGCGUCUGGCCGCGGCCGAGGCCGCCGCCGCCGCCGCCCAGCAGGAGGCCGCCGACCUGCGCGCCGCCCUGGACUCCGAGCGCCAGGCACAUGAGCGCACACGUGCCGAGACCCAGCACCUGCUGGAGGACUCGCGCGGGCUGGUCGACGAGCGGGCCGAGCUGCACCAGCGCUUCCACCAGCUUACGGACGACAAGCUGGCCGCGGUGCAGGCCCAGCAGGCGGCCGAGGCCCGGGUCCGGCAGCUGGAGCGCGAGGCGACCAGCCUGCGCGAGGCCGCCGCACAUGGGGGCACCCUGGCCGCCGCGCAUGCCGCCCUCGAGGAGCAGCUGGCCCAAUACCGGCGGGCAUUGGCCGAGGCCGAGGCCCGAGCCGGGGGGCUGGAUGCGCGGGCGGUGGCGGCCGAGCGCGCCCUGCAGGCAGCCGGCCAGCAGGCCGCCCAGCAGCAGGCCGACGCCGGCGGCCUGGCCGGGGCGCUGACGGCCGAGCGCCAGCAUGCGGCCCUGCUGGCGCGCGAGCGUGACCAGGUCCUGGCCGAGCGGGAUGCCGGGCUGCGCCAUGCGGCCGAGCUGGCCGAGCGCCUGGAAGCGGCCACUCGCGAGCGGGACACCUUCCGCGAGCUGCUGCUCCAGUCGACGGUGGCGGCCGGCGGCGGGGCGUCCACCGGCCCGGCCGGUGCCCUGGGCGGGACCUCGCCAUCCGACGCCAGCCCCCUGGCCGGCGAUGGGGGCGACGCCGACGAGCCGGACGCCCAGGACCCGGGGGCCCCCUCGCCGGUGGCCAUCCCGGCCGCCGGGACGCCGCUGCUGCUGCACAGCCUGCAGGAGGAGCGUGAUGCCCUGCGGGCGCGCAUCGUCCAGCUGGAGCGCAAGUUGGCCAGCUUCGCCCCGGGCGGCGGCGGUGGCAGCAGCAGCGGCAGCAGCGGCAGCAGCAGCUCCUCCCCCGGGCCGGGGAGGGCUCCGCAGGAGGCCGACCCCAUGGCCGAGGCCACGGAUCGGGCCAACUCGGUGGAGGUGUUGCUGGAGCAGGCGGAGCGCCAGCGCGACGCCCUGCAGGCCCGCCUCGACGCCCUGCAAAGCUCCUCGGCCGCGGCCCUGGAGUCGGAGUUCACCCGGGGCCAGGCCCUGGCCGAGGCCCUGGCGCAGGGGGCCGCCGAGCGCGAUCGCCUGGAGGCCGACCUGCGCCAUGCCCAGCACCAGAUCCAGGAACUCGUCAAGGAUACCGAGAAGAUCCCGGAGUUCAUCCGACUGUAUCACCGGCAGCGCGACGCGCUCAAGGCCCGGUCGGUGGCCAAUGCCCAGCACAUCGAGGAAUUGGCCAGCCUGUGCGGCAAGCAGCGCGACGAAAUUGACCGGCUCAAUGGCGACCUGGCCCGAAUGCGCCAGGAGCUGGCCACCACGCGCGCCGGCCGCCACGGCAACCCCAAUGGCACCGAGACCGGCGCGGCUGCCCCGAGCGAGGACCCCGAUCGGCAGGCCCCGGACCACGAGCAUGGGCACGAACAUGGGCAUGAGCAUGAGCCCUCGCCGGCCGUCACGGCCGAGCCCGGCGCGCCGGAGCUCGCCUCGCAGGCGGCCGACCUGCUGCAGCGGGUGCGCCAUUCGCAGGACGCGUACCAGGCCGCGCGCGAGACCCUGGCCGAGCAGUCGAUAACUUCCUCGCGGAUCGUCUUCACCCCCUGCCCCGGGUGCCACGGCCCGGCGAUCGAUGUCUGAAUGCCCGCCAGCACCACGGCGAGGGCCCGCCUCCCCCCUCCUGGUGCUGCGGCGGGGGGAGAGAGGGCUGUGCCGGGGGUCUGCGCAUGCGCGGAUCCACAUAUAAAGAUAUACAGCUACGACGCCUCGGAUGGACGAGGCGUCGGUGUUCAGCCA